AUGAAAACUGAUAUUACCUAAAUAGAUUAAAAAGUUGAGACAUUGGAAUCAUCCAUGACUAAAAUAGCCUAAUUGUCUAGGAGAAUAGAUUCUUAAUUAUCAAUUAAAAGAGAAGAAAUCAUAAAACUAGAUACUGUCAAUAAGGAUUUGAGUCGUCUUAAUUCAGUUUGCAAUUUCCCCCAUAUUAUAUAAAAAGAAUUGGAUUAAUAUAAAAUAAGCAAAGGAAAGAAUUACGAUGAAUAUUAUAAUGAUACUGCUUAGUAUUACAAACAAUGUUAUUCAAAUUUGGAUCAAUACAAAAAUGAACCACUAAUUUAACCAAUUUACAAAGAGACCAAUUAAAAAUUGGAUAACACAAGACAGAUUCUUUGGAGUUCCUUAAUCGAAUUCAAAUAAUAAAAUCCGCUUUUAUAAUUGUAUUCUGAAUCUAAAGUGUCAAUUUCAACUUAAGAAGCCAGAUCAUCAGUUAAGAAGUUGAUACAAAUAAUGGAUGAUGAAGAAGCUGUGCUGAGACAUUAUUAGAAGAUAAUCAAAGAAAGAUAUUUGACUGUAGCUAAGGAGUUGAUAGAUAAAGCAGCAAUCACAAAAUCCUCAGAAGUAGUGAAUUUGAUGUAUUAUUUAGAAGAUAAAAGAUAUGAUUAUACUGUUGAAGAGUUGGAGGAAUAUAAAUAAAUGAAAGAAAAAGAAAUAGUGAAUUCUGAUUCAGCCAUUUAAGGAUCCAUUUUAUGGUUAAAUCAAUUAUGUUAAAUAAUAUUUAAGUAGUUGAAAGUAGAAGUUUCCUUUUUGCUAAUUGAAAACAAAGGAACUUUGAGAGAUAAAUCAUUAGAGCAAUUGUCAACUCAAUGUAUCAAAGAGAUAAUUCAUGGAGUGUUUCAAGGUUUUACUGAUAAGAUGAGUUAAAAGAAAAUUAAUAAUGUUUAAGUUAAUGAAGUUUUCGUUAAGUUGUAAACUGAAGUCCAAUUAUUAUUUGAAAAUAAUUCAAUUAGAUAAUAAUUAAGAACUGAAAUAAUUGAUAAGUUUACAGAAAAUGUGGAGAACAUAUGUAGAGGAUAGGCUUUUACAUCAUUUAGUCAUUUAAGGGUUUAAUUUCUAGAGUUGCUAGUGUUUGCUAAAAAUGAUUUAUAACGUUUGUAACCUACUGAUGAAAUCAAAAGAGAAAUAAUGACUCUCAUUACUGUAAUCAAGCAAAAAUUGAUAGCCUUCACAACUAUCCGCUUAUUAGAUCUUAAGGCUUUUGUAUUUUCUUAAUAAUAGAGUUAUCUCAGGGAGUAGGAGACUUAUUUAAAUUUAAUUUAAGCCUCCUUAAUUGAAUUUGUUAAAUUUAUUGGUAAAAUAUUUGCCUUUAGAUCCAUAUGCAUCUCUCAGGAUUAAUUAAGCUAACUAUUUAAUGAUAAUUAUAUUAUUUAGUAAGUACUGCCAUUAUUAAACACAAACGACUCUACAUAUUACUAUUUGUUUUCAAAUUAAUUCUUAUAAUUGUAUUCUAAGACUUUGAGUAAUAAAUUAUUUGUAAGUUAAGUUUUUUUAAGGAUACAAAAGUAAAUUAUAUAAUUUAAAUUCAAGUUCGAUAACCAUCUUAUUAAGAAUUAAAUAAACUUAAAAACUAUAUUAAUGGAUCUACAUAGAAGAAUUUAAUGUUAUUUGCAUAAGCUUAGAGUGAACAUUGGAUUAACAUCAUUGUUCUAAUAUUUAAAUGAAGAAAAUGUUUUUUACUAGCAAUAGAUUACAUAAAAGAUGUUAUUAAAUGAAGUGAAAAAAAUUUCAUUGAAGCACUAGGUCUUCUGUUUUCUGAUACAAAAAGAGGACUUGUUUAGAAAGUAUCAAUUAUACAAUAAAGCACUUUCAACAUUUAAAUGGAGAUUUUUAUGGUUAGAAAGUGCAAGAUUUUAGAAGCCAAUAUUAAUGAUAGAUACAGUUUGCUAAUAACUGUUGUAAAGUAUGUUUUGA